GUUGAAACUGAGGCUGAUGUUGAUGGUAGGAUGGAAGCUGUUGAGAUCAUGAUGAAAUUUGAUGAAAGAUUCAUUUCCAUGAGUCCAAAUGAUGAAAAUGUCAUCAAUGAGUCUCAAUUAACACCAGUUGGAACCACCAUCUUUACAGGAUUCUCUGGGAACAGGGGUGCCACAGACAUAGAUGAUGGUCCCAAUGGCCAGAUAGAGUACGUCAUCCAAUACAAUCCCGGCGAUCCAACAUCAAAUAGGACUUUUGACAUCCCUUUGACAUUGUCUGGAGCAAUAGUUUUGCGUGAGAGAUUAAAUUAUGAAGAAAAGUCACGCUAUUUUGUCAUUGUCCAAGCAAAUGAUCGAGCUCAAAAUCUUGGGGAACGAAGAACAAGCACAAGCACCCUCACUGUUGAUGUCCUUGAUGGGGAUGACCUUGGACCAAUGUUCCUUCCAUGUAUAUUAGUUUUUAAUACUCGCGACUGCCGGCCACUCACUUAUCAAGCUAGUUUGCCAGAACUCACUGACCCU